AUGGCUCCCUCUGUCUGUCUGGUCCUCCUCCUGGCCGUCUUGCUCAGCCUGGCGGUGACCCCCGCCUCUGCACCCAUCCACCAGGGCCGAGGAGGCUGGACCCUCAACAGUGCCGGCUACCUCCUGGGUCCCGAGCUCCACCUUCUUCAGAGCAGGGACCGCGGCAGCGGGAAGAAGACAGCCCUGGAGGUCCCGGACCUGUGGAAGGCCAUGGUGAACGGGCUCCCCAAUCCCCACCCUCAGCAGGCCACCAAGAGGAGUCCGAGGGAGACCUUGGCCAAACCAGAGACGGCAGACCCGGGCGAGCUCAGCAAGAAAGCUCCCAGGGAGGGAGAGGCCCUGCAGUCUUAGACGUCUCCACACCUCUCCUCUGCAUCCUUCUCUCCAGCUCCUCCUGAGCCCCCCUCUAGCUCCCUCCACUGAGACUAGGAUCUUGAAAUUAAGUCCCCAAAUCCUAUGUCGAAAAUUUGGAGUGUUGGCAGAAUUUCCCUCAAAAGUUCCCAGACUGUCUCGGGUUUCACUGAUUUUUCCUGGGCAUUGUUAACAAGCUCAAGAAUAAUUCUGGAACCAUUUGGUUAAUGUAAUCAGGGAAUAUUUCCGUAGUCCGUGUAAAGUGAUUGUAUUCUUUCAUUUGUUUUCAUUUUGGUGCGUUUUUUUUGUUUUGUUUUGUUUUUUUAGAGAGAGCCCAUAUGAGGUGGGGGUUGCAGAGACAGAAAGAGAAAGAAGUAAGAGAGUCCCAAGCAGGCUCCAUGCCUAGCGCAGAGUCUGCUGUGGGGCUCAAUCCCCUCAUGAACCCCAGGGUCACGACCUGAGCCAAAAUCAGGAGUCCCAUGCUCAA